CCAACAUCACUCGGCAGUUUUCCUUCAACUAGUGCUGGUGACAAAGAGUGAGGAAAAGCAAUUUCCUCAUCAAUUUUAGUGCCGUCACCGAACAGAUUUUCCACCUUUGCUUCAGUUUUACGAUUGUCUAACUCGGUCAGAUCAAGUCAAACUUAACAGAUAGUUAUAAUCAGUGGAAUAAUAUAUAUUCGGAUGAAGAAAAAUUGCAGUUUCGUGAAAAUUAGGUUGAUCAAGUCUGUCCUCUAAAAGAUAUUGAAAGAAGUGUGCGUGCGCGAAAAUCUUCUGUGUGUGUAAUAUAAAGCAAGAAAUGAAUGACGGAAGAUUGGAACGGUCCGGAACAGCAAAACUCGAAUCGUGCCACCAGUGUUGCCAUAAAAUUUGCUUCUCUGUAAUGUAACUUUUCUAUGGAAAUGAUUAUAUUUAACUUGAAAAUAUAUCGAUAUUUAUAGUUAGAUAUUGAUGUUGAUUUGGAAUUUCUGCCACGGCAACACUGGUGCAUAAGUGCAGGAAAAAAUCGCACACACGUCGAAGAAAUUCAGAAGGAGCGACGAACGAAAAGUCAAGACUGAAGUUAGUUCAGUCCAUCAAAAGACGGCAAAAAGUGAAGGCGAUCAGCAACAGCAGCAAGCAAAACCAGUCACACAUCAUCAUUAUUCAGUAGUAUCACACUGCUGGCCUGGCUGACCGAAGACCAGAUAAUAUAAAAAAGAUUUGCUGCAGACAAAAAAUAAUACCGAAAGGACAAGCAAAUAAAAAGUGGCAAGUCUGUGCACUAGAAACGACAAAAAAGGGAAAUAUCAGAAGUUGAAUAUUGCGAUUCAAAGUAUCCCAAGUGUGUGAUCUGAAAAGUGACGGAAAAUGUCUUGAAAAAUCACUUUUUUGCUUGCGCCGAUUAGGAAAUGUGUAAUGUUCUGUAAAAUAGCUGUUCAAGAAUGCCGAUUCAGGCGCCCCAAUGGACAGAAUUCCUCAGCUGUCCGGUUUGCUGCAACGAAUUUGCAGCGAAUCUGCGCCCGCCGAUCAGUCUAGGAUGUGGCCACACCAUCUGCCGUACUUGCCUGGCUACGCUGCACCGGAAGCAGUGCCCCUUUGAUCAGACGAUCAUAUCGACAGAUCUCGAUAAUCUGCCGGUAAACAAUGCAUUGCUUCAGCUGGUCAGCACGAGCAACACCGUCAUCAACAGUCCAGGGAAUGGAAGCGGAACAAACAGUACCAUGCCUGGGACUUCCACCCUAGGCAAUCCUGGCGCCAAUGCAAUCGAUUCCGAUCUUAGUUCGCCGAGCGUCCAAAACUUGAAUCCGGACGAUUUGCAAUGCUACAAAGUUGCCAAAGGAUGCAUAGAAGAGCUGGCCCUCUAUUUGAAACCGUACCCCAAUGGGAACGCAGGUGGACUCCUGUCGCGUCCGAUGCAGCGCAAAUUGGUCACCCUAGUCAAUUGUCAGUUGAUUGAGGAUGAAGGGCGUGCGCGAUCAUUGCGUGCCGCACGAUCACUAGGCGAACGAACGGUCACUGAGCUGAUCCUGCAACAUCAAAAUCCACAGCAACUGAGCACCAACUUAUGGGCGGCAGUUCGGGCCCGUGGUUGUCAAUUCCUGGGUCCGGCCAUGCAAGAGGAAGUGUUGAAAUUAGUCUUGUUAGCUCUUGAAGACGGUUCAGCACUUUCGAGAAAGGUGCUAGUCAUGUUUGUCGUUCAACGACUUGAGCCUCAUUUUCCUCAAGCUUCUAAAACAAGUAUAGGCCACGUUGUUCAAUUGCUGUACCGAGCUAGCUGUUUCAAAGUGUCGAAGCGAGAAGGAGAUUCCUCUCUGAUGCAGCUGAAGGAAGAAUUCCGUACUUAUGAGGCGCUUAGGCGAGAGCAUGAUGCACAGAUAGUACAAAUAGCAACCGAAGCCGGCUUACGGAUAGCUCCAGAUCAGUGGUCUUCACUGUUGUACGGCGAUACUGCUCAUAAAUCUCACAUGCAAAGCAUCAUAGAUAAGCUUCAAACUCCACAGUCGUUUGUACAAUCAGUACAAGAACUGAUAAUAGCACUGCAGCGAACCGGAGAUCCUGCCAAUUUGUCCGGUCUUAGGGUACAUUUGAAACAUUUGGCUGCCAUUGAUUCCAAUGCUGAAAAUCACGUACCGUCAUGGCGAGAAUGUUCAAUGGCCCUGGAGGCAGUCAAGCGUGUCGUUAUAGGUUUGGUAGAAUUUGUCCAACACCAUGGCAAUCGGAAGUUACAAGAACCGGGUCAUCUGGCACACAAUAGUAAAUAUAAAAUCAGUUUGUGUCGAGAUCUGAAUCUCCAUGGAACAUGUCCACGUGGUUCAAAUUGUACAUUCGCGCAUUCUGAGGAUGAGCUUGAAAAGUACCGCACAAAAUUGCGUAAAAACAACAUACGUACUCCUAACGGAAAGGAACAUUCUGAGUUUGUGGGAGACCUUACUAUGCCAUCUGGCUCACAUGGGUAUCAUUCUCCUGGAGAUGAUUCGUCUCCUAUGCGGUAUCCGAAACCUUCUAACUCGUUCCGAUACUUGGAUAAAUCACCAAUGAGCAGUCAUAGUCAUGCAAGUGGAAGUAGCAAUAGUAACAGUAGUCAUAAUAGCCAUUUACCUCCCAUCCCACAGAAUCAACACCCCUCGUUUCCUAAUUUACCACCCCCACCAACAUCGCUUCAACAAGGUGCCAACGGACGUAAUUAUAGCUUCAAUCAAAAUUUUCCUAGCGGUGGAAAUAAUUUGCAAUACGGCACUCGUCCUCCGCCGCCGCCAAUUCCACCUUCAGUACAUUCAUCUGGUUCGCUAAGAGGUAAUUUCGGCGUUAUGCGCCCUCCCAAUGGAACAUUCAUUGGUCAUCCUCCACCCCAUUCCCACAUGCAACCUAAUCCUGGUAAUGGUCCACCGAUAAACGUUCUUCAUGGCGGCGGCACACAUCCCACAUAUCCUGCAGGCCAACCAUCACCGAUAGAUCAAGUUCCGCAUCCUCACAUGAUGAAUGCUCCGCCUCCUUUCUCCGGAAACAAUCAGAGUUUCUCCGAUUAUCCUGAUAAGAUAGACCAACGAAGACAGUUUAGUUCUUGGGAAAAUCAACCACCCCAACCUCCGCCACCUCCGCUUCCGAAUGUAAACAGCAUAGCCUCUGGCGGCUCGGUAUCACAGCAGUCUCUAGUUCCUCAACUGAACCUUAUGGGGCAACAGUCGCAGCACAAGCCUGUCCCUAACGUCCCGUACCAAUCGGCGGUACUGAGUGGAAAGACACAUAUUCCACAAACACCGCAUACACAACCCACCAUGCAGGCACUGCCACAGCAUCAGCAGCAAUCCCAACAAAACCAACAUUAUCCCGUACCAAAUAACAACAAUAAGUACUAUCCUAGCGGCGGUGCCUUGCAUGCUAAGGCCCGCGAUUUCCGGGAGAAUAAACAUCACAGUAGUAACAACGGCGGAGCCGGUCGGAUGAAUUUACCUAACUCGCAACAACAUUCGUCUCUUGGUUCGACGAUGCAUCAACAAAUGCCGAAUUCUCCGUACGGUAGAAACAAUCUACAUUCAGCGGCAACCCUAUCACAGGCAAUGUCUAAUUUGACUAGCAACGGCAGCAUGAACUCUAGCAAUGGUUCCCUGAAUGGCUAUCCGGGUGGAAAUAAUAUAUCGUUUAAUCGAACAGAAUCCAUGGAAUUAUUGAAAAUGCUCAACAACAGUACUAACAACGAGUUGGCUCAUCUUAUUGGCUCACGAGGAGAUAACACAUUUGUUCGUUCAGAUUCUUUACUGGCCGAUGAUGACAACAUAGCUCUGGAGAAUGAAUAUCCCGGAGGGAGCAGUGCAAAGUAUGGACCUAUCUCUAGGAAUGCCCUGUCCUCGAAGCAACGUGAUUUUGCAUUUGUCAGUAGUUUCUUUGAAAAAAUCGACUUGAUCUCCGCUAUGCAACAGGUAGCGCUUGGCGAUCAGUCUUCAUCGAACUGCUCGUCUACUUCAUCAUCGUUCUAUCAACAGCAGCAACAGCAACCGUCUCAUCCUGUAGCUUCACAAGUUGUCCUCAACAAGAGUGAACCCAACAACAAUACACUUGAUCUAGAUUUUCUUCAGGUCGAUCGAAAGCAAACAGAUUACAAUAAUCACGUUUUGAACAGUGGCGCAAACCAGACGAAUACCAAUGCAUCACAGCUCUUACAUCAUCAACAACAGCAGGCAGAAGCCCAGCUUUUGCAACACCAUCACUAUUCGAAUAUCCACGGAAUACCGAUGCAACAUUUGACCAGUGGAGGCACAGCAGGAUCCGCUAAUUCAGGGAUGGGAGGAGGUCAGCUAACGUCCAAUCAUCAUUCAGGAACAUCGGCCGCUGUCGCAGCAGCCCUGAUGUCUUCACAUCACCAACAUAUUCAAGGGACACAGCAGCACUCACAUCAUACGUCCCCACAACCGCAACAUCAUCAUCAUCACCACCAUCAACAACAACAACAACAACAGCAACACAACCAACAGUCUCAUCAUUCACAAAAUCCGAACAACAGCAACAACCACUCGUACGUGCAGCUUCAGCAUCCCAAUUCAGUGCCGCAGUCGCACUCAAUGCAAGGAUCCUCCGCUGUCGGGCCGAAUCAUUUGUCUGAUCCAUUGCGAUUUAGUGAGCUGAUGAGUAAAGCUGCUGCAAUGGGAGAAUUCAAUCCGCAUGCUUUGAAAGAGUUAAAGGCACACCAAGUUAUGGCCAGCAUGUCGCCUUCGUCCGGUGGAGUCUUGAUGACAUCGACACCUUCUUCAUCGAUCGCCGCUGCACCGCUAUGGAACAACUUCCUAGAUCUGUCGAGUUUGAAACCAUCUUCCAGCGACUGUAGCGACCUGGCAAUGUCCAUGAGCGGCCAUUCCAAUAGCAACAAUAGCAUUGGCCUCAGUGCUGCCAACAAUACCAUCCUGAGCAGCAGCACUGCUAGCAAUAGUAGUAUUAGUAACAUCAAUAAUCAGGAAGAUUCCUACGAAGCUGGAAUAGCCGAUGACAUGCGGGAACUAGCACUUCGUCUGGAGUCUGAGCUAGAGUUGGAUGAAAAUGGAGUUUAAACCACUUCAUCAACUCUCUAAGGAGAAUAGAAAAAAAACAACCACACUCAUUACGUAACACAUAUUAUACACACACAUACACUGACUGAUUGUGAUCAAUAUCUCCUAUACAAAUUGUAGGCGUAGUUAGAGUGUAAGCUUUUGAUGAAAGCUUACUCAGCUGGAAAGUUAGCCGGAUUGAGAAAAGGCAGAAGUAACACAUUUCAUUCAAUGAGAUGGAAUAGAACAAAUACCAAUUUUAAAAAUUAUUAACGUUUAACAAAAGCGAUCCGGAUCGCUAACAUCGUGGAACGGAGCGCCAUUUUUACAGGCGCUUAUCGUUUGUUGAAAACAUUAUAAAUUUGUUUUGCAAAGCCAGCCAACCAACAACCAUGCAUGAUUUUGCGCCCCACCCUCGCCCUACGAUAGGUAGAGGACCGUUAUAGUUUAGACAAAAAGAAAGCAGAGGGUUGGACGCAAUGACAAAUCGACCUGUGUGAGGGAAAACAAACAAAUAUGAAUGUUUAUUUUAGAAACUUUUCUUUUCUGUUUUGCAGAAAAUGUGUGUGUUUUUAGGAAUAUCUUUUUUGGGAUCGAAACUAUAAGGUAUGCUUUUUCAGAAUCGAAAAGGCUUCAAACGCUAGCAUGAGCUAUCUUUAUCCAAAUCAGUCCAAGAUGAUUAUUAGCUAAUAUAUUAUAGAUUGAAGAUUGCAAACUUAUUUCUCAUAGAUUGUGCAGUACGGUAGGCCGAAAAUUGUACAGACGAAUAAAGAAUAUGCGAAAUUCAUAAGCGGGAACAGAAUGGAGCCAAGCAACCGAUAGAGUGAUAGACCAGAAAAAGGUGAUUCAUUAUUAUUGAUUAAGAUUAUAUUAUUAUUGAUGGUUAUAUUGUAAAUUAUAAAAAAAAUUAUAAUUAUUAUAUUUAUUAAACGUUCAUAUUGCUAAUAUUAUUAUUACUUACUCGCUAUUCGUUAUUGGUAACUCUAUUAUUCUUAAUCACGAGAUGUUCUUUAUCUAAUAGUAGCGCUAGGCGGUUCAGUUAGAAUCAAUUGAGGAAUGGUUGAGAACGUGUUUCAAAAUACAUUUUCAUCUUAUCUCAUUUCUCGUUUUUAAAAUGGAAAAAUAUAAUUAUGAAUUAUAUUUUAUCAACAAAAAAUCAAAUGUUUACAUAGUAGCAAAUUAUUAAUUCUUUUAUUAUGCGUUUAUGGAUAUGAUUCAAUCUUUUAUACCGACAUUUUAUGCAUAGGCUUUUAUAUUAAAAAAAACAAUACUAUUUUACAGCACCAUCAGCAACCUGAGGUGCGUGAAAGCAAGAGUAAAACUAUGUUUUUAUUGUAAUCAAAUGUAAAGAUUAAUUUAGUAAAAAAAAAUCAACACUAAGUGAAAUAUCUAACUACAUUUACUUAACAUCAAAUCAAUGAAAAAAAAAACAAUAUGUUUUUAGUUAGUUCAAAAAUCGCCGUUGGGAUUAAACUUUGUUUUGAAGUAUUGUUGGUUCAAGGUUGUUGUGUCAGAACAGGGGUAGACUUUAUUGCGACCCGUUAUAAGAUUAAUUAUAACUUUUUGACAUUUCUCAUGAGAUGUUUCAUGAGAUUUUAGAAUUUUCAUUUUCAAAAUGUCUAUCAUAAAAGAACUUGACAAUUUUCUGUAACGUAGGAUACGUGUUCUUCAUACAACAGUUCUGAUAUUUAGCACUUCAAUACGACUCAACAUGACUGUGGUUUGCAUCAUUCGACCUUCUAUGAAUAUCGAAGUUCAAAUCGUUUGUCUAUAUAUUUUUUUCUUAUACCCAUCUUGCAAAUGCCAACACGUGCUAGCAGGCAAAAAACGCAAUCAAGCAGAAUAAUUCAAAAGUUUUAUCUCAGGUUUCUCAAAUGCUCAUCGAAACUUUUACAUCAUGCAGUUGAAAUUUUAGAACCAACAUUACUACAGAACAACUAGCGGUGAUACAUAUGUCUAUUAAAAAACGAAUUGCAAUGCUUUUAUAAACGUUAAAACUAGUUGAUUUUUAUUAAAUCAAACAAUAGCGCUUGUUUCGUUAUUUGGCUUUACGCGGGAUAAGAGUAUAGAACAAAAAAUUGCACACACAAAUGUUAGGUUGCUUUUUGUCGGGCUAAUAACAUACACACAGUGAGAAGUGCCGGAGGGAAAUGAUAAACGUCCAGAUCAGAGUAAAGUAGUGAAUAGAGGUAUCAAAUGAUUAAAUAGAAACAACAAAUAAACAAACGACAAAACUUACAAUCGCUUGGUAGUCGCUUAAAUCAUAAAACUCCAAUCCAUUUGUAGGUAAACGAAUUCCAACAAACCGAUAGUAGUUUUUCACCGGAAAAGGUAUAUUGAAGUUAAAGAGUUUUUAAGAAUCAUUUAGCCAGUAUACCUUCAAUAAUUUUCGAUUUAAAAUCAUACUCGGUAGAUUCCUCAGCAGAAUGACAAACCGGUUAUUGAAAAAACUAAACAUUGAAAAUUCUCGUAGAAAGCAGUUGUUGUACGACAAAAUGGACAAGUCUCGCCAAAUGAAAUGUUCGCAAGAAAGAUUACUGUAGAAUUGAUCUAUUGUUUAUCGUUGGCAAGAAAAGCUGAAGUUAUAGUCGAAAAACAUCAUAAAAUAAACUAUUGAAGAUAACCCAUAACCAACUGCAUACAAAUUUUGUUCAUGAAGCUUUGUUGCAUCAAUAUUUAACUUCUUGCAGCAUAAUUUGGAAAAAGUUUAACAACAGUUAAUGACUGGACUACGUAUACAAAGGAAAAAAAGAAACUGCUACAAAGUCUAAACGAGAUUGGAACAUCGCCAGUAUAAUACAAGAAUUAGACGACCGUACACCGUAAAUAUCGCAAAAUGACAUAACAUUUGGGCUGUUGAAUCACUCGGUGAUUUCCCUUCGGAGUUUGCUCAACUUUGUGGACUGCCAAACAAAGGGAGGAAGCUUUUGUAGAACUUUUCGAUUAGAUUUUGUUUUCAUUAAUAUUGACAAAAACCAUCAAAAGUUGGUAAGAUCACACAUUUUUAUGUUCCAAAUUUUCUUGUCAAAUAUUCCGACAUUGUAACAUUUAUUAAUGUUAUGACUUUGUUCAAAGAUUUCCAUUUCAUUAAAUAGACUUUUUAAAUCAGUUAAAAAUGAUCAUUUUAUUGAGAGUAACCAUUAUAUUAAUGGAUUCAGCUCCGACUAUCUUUACAAACGAAAAUUCAACUUACAAAGUAAUUUACGAAUCCAUCUAUUGAAAGUCAACCCUCCAAUGACGAUCCACAUAAACUUCGUGCCUGCACAAACAAACGCGCUGGGAAACAUCGACGUGGUACAGUUUGUUUCUUAAACCCAAUGGGUUCAUCGAGAAUGGGAUUUAACAUUCGACUAUAUAUUAUUUAUGUUUAUUAUAAAGCAAAACUGAAAAGUAAUUAAAGAAAACUACGAGCGAAAAUCAGCUCAAUUGAAGAUCGAAUCAAACGCCCUUAAAGUUCUCUAACAGGAGAAUAGUGAAAAUGUAGGAAAACUUAGAAAGACCCGUGCUACUGUACGUAAAUGUUUUUAUCACGAUCACAAUGGACUAAAAACACAAACUUUACAACAUUGAAAUUAUACCCAAACGAAUAACAUGAAUUCCAAAAUGGAACAUGAAGUAAACACAUUUCUCGAGAGAAAAUUCUUACAUACUACUACAAAUUAUAGAAAACGCGAUAUAAAGAUAUCUUUAAAAGAAUAAAUGAUUAUAUUGAGCGAUGUGUGUAAUAUAUCUAAAUCGAUUUAGAUUCUCAAAUCGUUUAGCUACAGUUUUACUAAAUAGUAAACGCCACUAAAUUCAAUAGUAUAUCGUGAAGUGUUGAGAUCACGCAGAAAAACGGCAUCCUGAAAGGAGCUGGAAAAAUAAUAUACAUAAAAUGCCUGUGUGUAAGUAUUUUGUAUUAUUUAGACUCACAAAUUGAACGAUGAAAAAUAUUAGAAACUAUAUACAUUUGAAUAUAUUAGGAGCAUCUAAGGAAAGAAGAAAGGAAACAGUUAACAUUUGAUAUAUAUUAUUGUGACGAUGAAAAAAAACAAGAAUCAUACUAAAUCGUAGAUAUGUCAAACAUCUAUUGAGUAAGCAAGAAAACUCAGCACAGACAUAUACAAAACAAAAGUGAAACAAACGUUAUUACAUCUUUCCAAGCAGUAAAACACCGAGUGUUCUGUUAAAAGAAAUAGAACACUUUUCAAAUGACAUCAAAUUCCUUAAGUUCAGUUUUUUUUAUUAAAGAAAAAGUACUAAGCA